CACUUUGUUAUUGUUUCAACUGCCGAUUGCCGCUUUAAAGGGCACUUCAUUUAAUAUAACACGCUUUUAAAAUCCAAUAUUGGUGCAAAAUGUCUAAUUUAAAAUAUCAAAAGGACUCAUUUCGUGGAAUUACCCUUUUGCUUUCUCACAAUCUCUCACUUGGGUUUUUUAAUCGAGAUUCAAUUUCUAGAUUAUCAACGCAUCUUUCCACAGCAGUCACACAGCAAUCACAUACUGUUGUCAAAAACAACACCAGCCCAAACUAUCUUUAAAAAAAUAAUGAAAUCCUUUCCUUGGAAAUACCACUUAUUUUUAAUAGCCAACACGGGCUAAUAACAGUUUUGAUACCUAUUGUGUGCAUGCAGUGUGUCCAACGCCAGCCUCUCCCAUUUGCCGUAGUGACACGUUUUAUGAUAGUGACACUGAGACAUAAAGUACAGUAUUGAUACCUGGCCACAGCGGCAGGUACCGAUGGGCUUUAAUGGCUGGCGUGCAGUCAGAACUGCACGCCAGAACACUCCUGAUGGAGAGCCUUUAUCUCCCCUUUACUGCCCUGAGCAAACAGCCUGGUCCUUAUCUCCUGGGGGGCCCGGGGGCCCUGGCAUAGGGGCCCACGCUUAAUGUCAGGGGAAUCAAAGUGGAAGGGAAGUAGGCGGAAGCACCAUUCCCAUGCCUCGCUUUUUAAUCGGCGGUGGGCAAACACAGCUACUUCCACUGCGGAAAGGAGAAACGCCAAUUUUCAUGUCAGGGAUGAGAGGACGUGUUUUCGUCCUCACACACAAUAAUGGACACAGCUGCCAGCCACAAUGGCUUCUGUUGUCCCUGACUCAAAUCUAGAUUACAGUACCCUCCUUCACUACGUAGUAUGCAUGAACAUUAAAACGUCCUAGUUGUAAUGCGCCGUGUAGUGCAUCUGGAGUGAUUGACAAGCCACGUCUCUAAGCAAUUACAGUCGUUAUUGUAAAGCAUUGGGAGUCACACAUGCCAUUAGCCAAAGUAGAACCAUUAACGUGGCCAUCUAUAGCAGGCUGUUGUGGUCAAGCCUGACCUGCUUUUGCUAAUCACGUUGUUUCCACGUCAUUUCAACCCCCCCCCAAAAAAAUCAAGAAUCAACGUGGAAAACAUAAGGGUAUUUCGUCUUUGUUUCACCCGACUUUUAUCCUAAAUCCAAUGACAUGGUGAAAUGUUUGUUGGUUUCAUGUUGAAUUAGCGUUAGUUGACAACUCAACCAGGUCUGAAUCAAAACUAGACGUUGAACUGACGCCUGUGCGCAGCGGGUUCUAGCUUUAACUAAGAGCAACCUCAAAACAGGCUGCAACCUGAGCAAUAUUGACCCUUCAAUUUAUUUUUGAAUUCCUUACAUUCAAAGAAGUAUAGUGCAGCUGGUAAAAACCUCUCGUUACGUGUGUCAUCAACGGAGAUGACAGAACCCUAGUGCAGUACUGUAGGGGGGAGGAUAGAGGUUGGAAGAGCACUCAGUGUGAUUUGAUGAACAGUAGCUAAGAGGGCAUUAGACAGAUUCAUUCUUGACCUUAUGGCCUGGGGACAGACACUGUCUGGGACAUCUAGUGGGACACAUUGACUGGCUGCUGUGGUGCUUACCUGAGCUCACUGCUGGAUGCACCUGGAACUGUUCUGCUAUGGCAGAUCCCUUUAACGUACUGUCUACUGCAGCUUCUCUCUCUCUCCCUCCUCUCUCUCUCUUCACAGCGCUUUGCUAACUGCUUUCUUUCAACCCCCUUCCUUCUCUAUCUCACCCUGUGUCUCUGUGUGCGUGUGUGUGUGUGCGCGCGCGCUCCUUGUGCCUGUGUGCAGAGCGGGCCGCGGGGCUGUGCUGUCGCUUGGUGGUGCCCUGCCACAAAGGGAUGCCCCGCCUCACCGACCUGUCCGUCAAAACCAAAGACGUGUGGGAGAUCCCCCGGGAGUCACUGCAGCUCAUCAAGCGUCUGGGGAAUGGGCAGUUUGGGGAGGUCUGGAUGGGAACGUGGAACGGCACCACUAAGGUGGCGGUGAAGACGCUGAAGCCUGGCACCAUGUCUCCUGAGUCCUUCCUGGAAGAAGCCCAGAUCAUGAAGAAGCUCCGGCAUGACAAACUGGUGCAGCUCUACGCUGUGGUGUCUGAGGAACCCAUCUACAUCGUCACUGAGUACAUGGGCAAAGGAAGCCUUCUGGAUUUCCUGAAGGACGGGGAGGGACGAGGACUGAAACUGCCCAAUCUGGUUGACAUGGCAGCCCAGGUGGCAGCAGGCAUGGCGUACAUCGAGAGGAUGAACUACAUCCACAGAGACCUGCGCUCGGCUAACAUCCUGGUCGGGGACAACCUGGUAUGUAAGAUCGCCGACUUCGGACUGGCCAGGCUGAUUGAGGACAACGAGUACACAGCACGGCAAGGUGCUAAGUUCCCGAUUAAGUGGACGGCCCCGGAGGCUGCGCUGUACGGAAAGUUCACCAUCAAGUCCGACGUGUGGUCGUUUGGCAUCCUGCUCACAGAGCUGGUCACCAAGGGACGUGUACCCUACCCAGGGAUGAACAACCGGGAGGUGCUGGAGCAAGUGGAGCGAGGCUACAGGAUGCCCUGUCCACAGGACUGCCCCAUCUCCCUCCACGAGCUCAUGGUGCAGUGCUGGAAGAAGGACGCAGAGGAGAGGCCCACCUUCGAGUACCUGCAGGCCUUCCUGGAGGACUACUUCACGGCCACAGAGCCGCAGUACCAGCCAGGGGACAACCUCUAAACACAGAGCUCUGGGCUGGGACUGGACUGAACCGUAGUUCUCUGAAGCCACACCAGGGACCUGUACAUCUUCCUCAGCUCAACAGAGCAUCAUGUCUCAACUCUCCUCCAGCUCACAACACUCUCAAACACUCUCCGUGGCAAACCUUGAGACAGACUCAACAGACCAGAGAUACCAGUUAGGAGGGAGGGAGGGAGGUUUGGGGGUGGUUGGGCUAGUUAUGAUGUAAUGAAAUGCCUGUAUUCAAUGUAAAUAUGAACAGCUAGUCUGCUUAACUUUUGGUUUAUGUUUUGGUGGUUUGUUUGCUUCUGAUGGCAUUUUGACUGAUUUUCUCCAUGAUGAUGAUGAUGAUGAUGGUAAAGAAAAUGGUCAAUGAAGAUGAUAAUUCAAAAGUGCACCAUGAGACCAUGAUAUCUUGUCACUUCUAAUCCUGAAUAUACAGGACAUGUCUAUCAAAGCUAAUAUUUUUUUAUUAUUAUUUUGGGGGCAAUUUAAUGAACACCAUCAAUUAUUUAUUUCAUUUUUGCGGUUUUGCUCAUGUAUAAUAAUAAAUAAGAACACCAGUCCUGAGUGUAUCGCCUCAGUGUAUAAAUAAUUUUGGGGGCAAAGUCGUCUGUUUUACAGGGACUUGAGGCAAGCAUGACAAAAUACUCCGUAGAGAUUUCUUUUGCACCUCAUGAUUUUGCUUUUAUUUUGUUCAUCCUUGUAAAAUAGUUUUGUCCUCCUCAAAGUAAUAGAUGUUAGGCUAAUGCCGUAACAAAGUUAUUUUACAAAUAAUGUAUGUUACAUUUUGUAAUUACAGCCAAAUGUGUGCGAAUUAUACUUUUGAACAUAUCUCUUCUCGCUUACCAGGUUUUAAGAAAAAUAAAUAAUGGGGAUAAAAUUGGUCUUUCCAGGUAUUAUUUAGUGUAUACUGGAAGGACAUGGUGUUUAUUUUAGAAGAGAAAGAUGUUCAUCUCUGCU